AUGAGUUAUAAAGUCUGAAAGGUAAUGUCUGAAUGUAGUAAUAUAAAAAAUGUCCUUUGUAACCAGAUACCCCUUGACCUUUGUCUUUGACAGUUCAAUGUAAAUACUAAAAUAGACAUCAACGUUUACAGACUAGUGGCUAGUGUUAUAACGUUACUGCCCCGCACUUAACUACAUUCGGUAACUUCCCGAAAAAUGCUAUGUCAUUUUUAUCCAAUCCGAAAAAAUGUGACUAUGGUUCAGACUUCAGUGACAGAGAAAGUGAUGUUGAAUUUAAUAGCCGGAUAAUAAAGAGUAAAAAUGACAAUCUUUUCAAUAAACCCUCCAGUGAUAAACUGGGCUUGUUCAACAGUUCCGGAAAAAAGAGCUUUAUAAAACCGCCAUCUAAGCGUCAUUUAGACAUUGAGUUGGAUAAACAGGAGGGAAAAAGAAUGCGAUAUCAUGGAAUUCUUGCGAUGGAUGCUUAUUCACGACAUAAAAAAUUUGUUAAUGAUUAUUUGAUAUAUUAUGGUGGAAAGCCGGAAGAUUUUAAAAUGCCAUCUCGAACUUAUUUGAGUGAUAAUGAAGUAAUUAAAAACAAUAACCAAUUUAUAUGGGACGAUGAAGGUAAUUCAAGUGAUAAUAUGAAUUAUGAAAAAAAAUUGGCAAAAAAGUAUUGGGACAAACUAUUCAAAGAAUAUGCAAUUGCUGAUUUAACUUAUUUCAAAGAGAACAAAAUCGCUUUGAGAUGGCGAAUUGAAAAAGAAGUUGUUGUCGGAAAAGGUCAAUUUUCUUGUGGUAAUAAAAAAUGCAAUGAAGAAAGUGGUUUACGAAGUUGGGAAGUUAAUUUUGCUUACAUUGAAAGUGGAGAGAAAAAGAACGCACUAGUAAAACUCAGACUAUGCCCAGAAUGCUCUUAUAAACUGAAUUUUCAUCACAAAAAGAGGGAAGUAACAAGAAAAAAAUUGAAAAAAGAAUCUAAAAAGAGCCAAAAACAUAAAAAGAAAUCCAGACAUGAUCCAUCAUCUUCUGUGAAAAAUCCUACUUCAUCUAAAGAUGUGGAAAAAGGUUCGAGUACAGAAGAAGAUGUUUGGUCGCAACCAGUGAAAGUUGAUUUAGAAAAAACUCGGGAGGAAGAAUUUGAUAAAUAUUUUGAAGAUAUGUUUGAAUAAAUUUUUAUUUUUAAAAAUCAAGAUUAUAGAAAUUAUCAAAACACAAUAUUUUUUUUUUCAAAUCAAACCGGAUAUUCUAAAAAAGACAAUAUGAUGUUCAAAUUGUUUGUUUAAAAUUUCUUCAAUUCUACUUCGACCAUAAAACCUCUGUGCAAGCAAGCAUGAUUUAUUAACAUUUAUAGGCAGAAAUACCCUAAGAAAACAAUUCUAGUCAUUGAUAGAGUGAUGACUGGUCUAGAAAACCUAAUUACUGUUUGGUGUUUCAUUUUAUUUUGGGUUUGCUUCACUUAAAAGAUCAUUGCAAAGGGCGGUCAAGAUUGGUAACAUUGGUCUUGUGAUUUUAUCAGCUAUCUAAUUUAUUUUGUUUGGGAUCUUAACUCAUUAAUGAUGCCUUUAUGUUAUCAUCUUCAAUUAUGAACCCGACCAUGUCAUCUCAAUAAUUGUGAUUUCUGUAAAGUAUUUCUGGGAUAAACUAAUUUAAUAUGUAGGUCCCUUUUUACAAUAAAUCAGUAUAAGUUUUGAGUACUUAUAAAUACAGCCUAUUCAGGUGCUUUUUAUUGUAUUUUAUUCAAUUUAUGAAUUGAAAUCUACAUGUUAUAUUCUGACUGUGAAAUUAUUUUUCUUCAUUUACAGA